GGCACAGGGUGGGUGUGCAGGGCCCUUUGUCCGGCCCUGGGAUGCGGCCCCUCUGGGGUCGAGCAGGGGAUGGAUGUGCAGGGCCGAGAUGUACCCAGUCUGUUCCCCUGCAGGUCUGGAGAGCUCCCUGGCCCAUCUGUGCCUGUCUCAGGAUGACCUGCCUGAGCUCAAUAUCCUGCUGGUGGGCUCUGUGGACGGCCGGCACGUCCUCAGGACCAUGAGCCAAGCCCACCGCUGGCCGCAGAGAAGGAUCAAUUUCUACAUCGUGGAGAAUAACCUCGAGGCGCUGGGCCGGCAGCUGCUCUUUCUCAGCCUUGCCCUGGAACCCCCGGAGAAAAUGGGGCUGCAAGAGAAGAGCGAGAUGUUCCUGGAGCUGCUGGGGAACAGCCUGAUCCGCAGCUCGACGGCCGCCUACCUGCAGGAGAAAUCGGACCUGUUCAUCCGCUACGCCACGGACCCGGACUUCCAGCAGCGCCACCUGGGGGCCCUGGACAUGUCGGCUGUGAAGGUGGGUCCCUGCCACUUCCCACCAGCCUUCCUGGGAGCUGCCUUAGUGGUUAGAGCAGACAUGGCUCUCGGCCUGCUGGGAAAUAAAACACCACCCCAGAGUCUUAUGGGAACUGUAGUUCAGGUGCUUCAUACUUGCUGUGGGCCAGCCCCCACCCCAGACUACGUCUCCCAAGAUGCACCACAGUCUCACUGGCCAUCCAUUGUGACAUGGGCUCCUGGGGGGGCAGAGGAAAGCCGACGCCAAGCCGACGUCUGGUCACUGAAGCGAGGUAAAUCCAGACCAGAAAGAGCGUCCGUGUGUGACGGUGGCAAGUCGUUAACCAUCGGCCUGAUUUACGGAGCGCUGUGGGGGCGCAUCUGUCAGCUGCAGAGGAAAGCCGACGCCAAGCCGACGUCUGGUCACUGA